AUGCACGUCAAGACCGAAAGAUUGCUGACAGACUUACGUUCAAGCUUUUGGAUACUUUCCGGACGCAAAGUGGUAAAAUCUGUCAUCAACAACUGUUGGCCUUGCAAGCGGACGUCGGCGAAACCUAAUCCUCCGUUGAUGGCUUCACUACCAAUACAUCGUCUAACACCCCAUCUGCCUCCAUUCACGUACACAGGGAUCGACUACUUCUGGCCUUUGACGGUACGAGUUGGUGGACGAGGACGAAGGCAUGAAAAACGCUGGGUCAGCCUAUUCACGUGCUUCACCACCCGAGCAGUUCAGCUGGAAAUGGCCAACGGGCUCAGUAUGGAGGAGUUCUUACUCUGCUUCUCCCGUUUUGUUAGCCUACGUGGAAAACCGAAGGUCGUCUACAGCGGCAAUGGGACAAACUUUGUCGCCGCCGAGCACGAGUUGCGACAAGCCCUAGAAGAACUUGUUACCAAACACCAAGAACUUCAAACAGUAAUGGCUUGUCAAGAAAUAGACUGGCACUUCUCUCCACCCCAUGGACCCCAUUUCGGUAGUGUUUGGGAAAGGAUUGUACAAUCCUGCAAGCGGACAAUGAAGACCAGCAUCGGCAAUUGCCUAGUUACGGAUCAAGUGCUACGAACCGUAAUCACUGAAGUAGCAGCUUUACUAAACGCUCGGCCGUUAACACAUCUUAGUAUGGACCCAGAAGACCCGGAUCCGUUAACGCCAAAUCACUUUCUAUACGGUGGAGCUCGGCCAUACUUGCCUCUUCAAUUGGCCGACGUGGAAGACUUGAACGUAACCAACAAGCAGUUUCUGCAAAGUCAAGCUAUCCUCCAACAUUUUUGGGAUAGAUGGCUACGUGAAUACGUUCCACACCUAACAGAAAGGAGAAAAUGGCAAGAAAACAGACCUAACGUCGCCGUGGGAGAUUUAGUGCUUGCAGUUGAACCAAAUACUUUACGUGGGCAGUGGCCGAUGGGAAAAGUGUUGGGAAUUAUUCCCAGUGCUACAGAUAAUGUUGUUCGAGUCGUAAAAGUCAAGCUCAGCAACCACCCAAAACCAUGUAUUCGGCCGGUGGCCAAAUUAUGUAUCAUGGUUUCAGCAAAGGAACAACAAGUUUACGCAAAAGAAGAAAAAAAGGAAUCUUCCACAGCGUAA